AGGAUAGAUCUUAUUAUUACAAUCGCAUGAAAUACAUAAUAUAUAUAUAUAUUUUUUUUAAAACAUAUGUUUUUUAAGGACUGACUAUUAUGAUAUUUCAAAUAUACUGUCACUUUAAAUAAUUCAUAUAUCAAUAUUGUUUUAAUUUUGUUUAGAUCCCAUGUAAGUAUUGAGUAGUUCAAACAUUACUUAAUUUAUGACUAACUUUUCAAAAAAAUCGUCUCUUUCACGUCACUAUUUUCUUUGUUUACCAACUUCUAAAUGAACAAAGAAAACCCAGAAACCAAUGGAAUAGUACAGCAGGCUUCACCUGAAUCAUCUAUUUAUCAUUCAAUAAUCCCAGAUAUUGAUUUUGAGCAACCAUCCAACGACAAUCUGGAUACCAAAGAUAGAGAAAAUCAACCUUUACUAGGUCGUAUAGACCAUUGUCCAGGAUAUAAUAACUUUCCUGAAAUUAUAGUAUGCAAUAUGUAUGACAACACAUCAACUAUUACUAAUUAUGAAAGUAUUGUAAUAAAUGAUGAUCCAGCUUUUUCAGCAGUUAUAAAACAAGCAGAAGUAGCUAUUGAUAAUGGUGUCUUCCCAGAUAGAAUCUAUCAAGGAUCCAGUGGGAGUUACUUUGUUAAAGAUCCAAAUGGUAAAAUUAUUGGGGUUUUCAAACCUAAAGAUGAAGAACCAUAUGGGCUUUUAAACCCUAAAUGGACAAAAUGGUUACACAAAAAUUGCUGUCCUUGUUGCUUUGGACGCUCAUGCUUAAUACCAAAUCAGGGAUAUUUAUCUGAAGCGGGAGCAAGUUUGGUAUCAACUAAAUUGGGAUUGAAUAUUGUACCCAAAACAAAGGUAGCUAAGUUAGUAAGCGAAACAUUUAAUUAUGGCCGAAUAGAUAGAGAGAAAACUAGGAUGAAACAUGCUAUAAAUGAUCAUUUCCCUAAAUUAGGACGUCGUUUUAACAGGCUUGGCCUUAGGCCAAAGAUUGGAUCAUUUCAAUUGUUUAUGGAAGGUUACAAGGAUGCAGAAUAUUGGUUACGACGAUUAGAACUGGCUCCACUACCUUUAAACCUUCAGUCACAUUUUCAAAUUCAAUUUGAAAAAUUAGUUGUUUUAGAUUAUAUUAUUCGUAACACCGAUAGAGGUAAUGAUAAUUGGCUCAUAAGAUAUGAUCAGCCCAGUGUUAACUCUAGCCCUAAUGGAAGUCUUACUAAUUCUACUUUAAGUGAAUGUUCAACAGAAUGGAAUGUUACCCAAGAACCAGAUAUUAAAAUAGCAGCUAUUGAUAAUGGUCUAGCAUUCCCCUUUAAACACCCAGAUUCUUGGCGUGCUUAUCCAUAUCAUUGGGCUUGGCUACCACAAGCUAAAGUACCAUUUAGUAAAGAAAUAAAAGAACUUAUUCUUCCUUAUUUAUCAGAUAUGAAUUUUGUUCAAGAUUUAUGUGAUGAUCUCUAUACUCUCUUUAAAAUGGAUAAAGGUUUUGAUCGACAUUUGUUUGAAAAACAAAUGAGUGUUAUGCGAGGGCAAAUUUUAAAUCUUACUCAAGCACUAAAAGAUGGCAAAAGUCCAGUACAACUUGUUCAAAUGCCAGCUGUUAUUGUUGAAAGAUCCAAAGGCCAUGUUGGAACAACAUCCAAGUUUCGUUCAUUUAGUGAUACUUUUACUCAAAGAUUUCAAAAUAAAAGUCCGUUUUUUUCUUGGUGUUAACUUAUUUUAGAAAAAUAUUUGGCUCAAAUUUUAAUAUUAUAAUCAUUAUUUAUAUAAAUAAUUAUUUUUUUUUCAUUGUUCCCAGUCAUAAUAUUUGUCUUAUGUUACUUUCUGUUAUUAUUUUUAAAUGAUCUGGUCAUUUCUAUACUGUAUAAAAAAUAUGUCCAAUUAUUUAUGUUUAGUUAAUUUUUUUCUUAAAAUGUUUAAUUUAAUUAUAUAUUAUUUCAAUUGAUUUUAAUAAUUUAUGAUUAAUCACAUUAAUAUUUAAUAUCAAAAAAUUAUGAUUUAUAUCUCUAGUCUUAAGAAAAUAUUCUUUUUGUUAAAUAUUUACUCUUUAAACAUUUCAUGUUGUUAAUAUAUUGUGUUAUAAAUAGAAGGCUGUGGAUGUAAAAUAUAUAAUGUUGUUUUGUAACAAUAAAAAACAAUAUUUAUAAACGGAAAAUCAGGGAUACAAUCACAUAAAUUAAUUUUGUUUU